AUGAAAGUUGGGCUACACAAUGUCGGUUUAUUCAUUGAAUUCAUUGAAUUCUCUGGAUUCUUUUUCGCCAUCGGCUUCCAGAGUGUCGCAGCACAAGACAUCAUCUGCGCCGUCAGUGAAUCGCGGGGCGUCUCAUCAACUGUUGGCCUCGCAUUUGUCAAUCUUGCGACAGCUGAAGCAGUGCUCUGUCAAAUAUGUGACAGCCAGACUUACGUCAAGACAAUCAUCAAGAUUGGUGUUUUUGAACCUAGUGAGAUUCUGUUCAUGAACACUGCCAAAGAGUCGAAGCUCCGCUAUAUCAUCCAAGAGAAUCUGCCAGAUCCUAUCUUCACCUUCCUAGACCGCAGAUGGUGGUCUGAAAAGACAGGUCACGAGUAUGUGGAACGACUGGCUUUUCCAGAGGAAGUCGACUCGCUCAAGGUUACUCUGGGCGGGAACUAUUUCGCAGCGUGUUGCUUUGCCGCAGUCCUCAAGUAUGUCGAAGUCGAACUCCAGCGAUCUUUUACUGCGCAUUCUCUUCGGAUACGCUUCGAGCCGUCCCAGGGGUCCAUGACAAUUGACUUGGCGACUAUUGUUUCUCUUGAACUUAUCCAGAACCUGCAAAAUGCGAAGUCUAAAGAAAGCUUGUUCGGACUAUUGAACGAGACAUUGACGCCUAUGGGGGCCAGACUACUCCGAGCGAGCAUCUUACAGCCUUCAACGGAACGAGUCAAGUUGACAGCCCGAUACAAUGCUGUGGAAGAUCUGGCCACCAAAGAGGAUAUGUUUGCGUCUGUGAGACAAGCGCUCAAGGGCUUCAUUGAUGCAGAUAAAGUGUUGACUGCGAUCAUAUUGGUUCCCACCAAGCGGACAAUACAAUACGCCGAACAGUCGGUCAACAAUGUGAUCAUGCUCAAGACUUAUGUGUCUGCGAUUAAAAAAAUCUUCCAAGCGCUUGGAGCAGCACAAAGCGAUUUGCUGCUUACCAUACGCGAAUUGUGCGCUCCUGAGGGGCAUCGUUCAAUUGAGGAGCUGAUUGACACAACUUUGAAUGAGCAUGUAGCCUAUCAGUCAAAGCCACUUGAUCUGAGGAACCAGCGUAUCUACUGUGUCAAGGCCGGCGUCAACAGUCUCCUCGAUGUUGCAAGGAAGACCUACAAGGAGGCGAAUGCAGACGCCACGGAGCUAAUUGAGAAAUUAUCAGGCACGUCUGAAAUUAUGACACUUCAUGAAUGA